GUAAUAAAAGGGCCUCGUCUCGAAACUGUUCUCGUCAAUGUGUACCCUGGCGUCCCGCGAGCGUUUUUGCGUUCCAUGUCGCCUCGUGCCGCCGGCGCCGCUACCCACACCGACGCUUCUAUAUAAGAAGUCAUGGCAAGGAGCCCGACUGUUUCAGUCGUGGACGGCCAGCGCUUUCAAGCGUCCAUCCUUUCGUAGAACUUUAUUUAUUUUUAUUUUUUUUUUUUUUUUGCUCGUGGGGGGGGGACGUUCAACUAUUUAGGACGGUUUAAACUGUGUGUUGCACCGGACGUCGUUCCAGCUGCUCUUUGAUCCAUUUUUCUUGCUUACUUUCCGAUCGUUUUUGGUUUCAGCUAGUGUGUUGAUUUUUCUUUCAGCAUUUUCAACCCAACGACUCGAUAUCGAAUAGCCUCAAAAGUUUUUAUGGAUGGAACGUGAUAUCGUGACUCGACUUGUGUGUGUGUGUCCCUCUGUGUGUGUAUAUCCGGCGUGCGUGUGUAUAGUGCAUAAGUGUGAGUGUGCCCGCCCUCGGCCGCACGCCCGGCAAAGAAAACCUCCUACAUUAAAAUACCGCUGGACACACAGAGAUUUCGUUUUGAACUAACCGAUCUCGCACUCGGGGAUAUCAAGAGCAUUUCCUUUUUUUUAUUUUCGUUUUCAAAUUGUUUAUCGUCGACGUCGUAAACUCUACCGUUUUUCACGAAUAACUAGGCAUAGCCCCUUGCAAUCAUUGAGGUGGAUACAAUUGAACGGGAAGAAAUUAAUCCUGACCUGCGGAACUGGUCGACAGAUGGAGCUGAUUAAACGACGCGUGAUUGAAGUUAGGACUUGAACACGGGACGGGGCUAUAAAAAAAAAAAAAAAAGGAAAGAACGCGAAGCCAAUCCAUCAGAAAUAUUGAACGCUUUUGCUGGCAAAACUGGAAAUAAAAAAAAAGAAAGAAAGAAAGAAAAGAGGCUGCAAGGAAAAUAAAAAAAAAAAAGGAAGUUAAGUGGGCUGGCAGCCUGAUCCACUUAACUAAAGGCUGCCUAUCCUUGAUCGGCUUCCCCUCUACUUUUGAUUUCAUCCCGGCAGCCAUCAGACGCGCGUUUCGCCAUGCGUCAGCCAACGGGACGGCCGACCGUCUUGAUCUUCUACGUCGCCGCCAUUUUCGGUUUACAUCAUGGCCAACCGGCCAGCGCCAUCCUCAACUGCCUGCUGGCCCAUCAACUGUGCGCCGAGGAUCCAUCCUGCAAGUCCAUCGAGACGGUCAUACAGCACAUCUGCGGCCCGGAAACAGUGGCGUGCUCGACGACGACGGUGACCAAAUGCCAGGCCGGUCUCCGAACGCUGCAGGCCUUUCCGGUCUUCCAUCCGACCUGUCUAUGUCGGGAGCCAUCCGUCGAUCCAGACUGCAACGCGUUCCGCGACUCCCUCUUCGAUCAUCCGUGCAUGGUUGCCACUCAAAAAGAGCGUGACUUGUACCCGAUCCAUGCCCUGCCGACGUGCACACACGCGCUGGACGUCUGCCAGAAGGAUCUGUCGUGCACUCGGCUCUACAACGACUUCCGCGAGCAUUGCAAACUGCGUUCCGGCCUCUGCCGUGAUAAGGAAACGUGUUACAACGCCUGGAGGGGAUUGCGGAUGACUCCGCUGUUCGGCUGCUUUUGCCCAGGAAACGAUCAGAAGAAAUGCGAACGGAUCUACUCGUUUAUUUACAACAAUACCUGCGUCGAUCCACAUGUCCAAACUAAGCACGUUUCCAAGACGCCGUUUGUUUUCGUUAAACCUUUGAACGCCAUCGCAUUACCCGUCCUCGGCCGUCGUCGUCGCUAUCUUGUUCGAUAUGUUCCCCAUCACUUGACUCCACCCACGUCGUCUUCAACUUCGGUUGAUGACGAACAUAACGAGCUCGCACUUGAUACGACUAACACGCUCCCUACGACUACCACCAUCACUACCACCACCACUACCGCACUGCCUUAUAGCGAUGUAAUUAGCACGAGCACCAAUCCCGAGCACGAGCACAUUGGCACAUCACCUACGCCCGUCCGUCUUGUUGAUGAACCGUCCGCAUCGCCCCGUGUCGCUGUAGGCAGCUGGCAAGAGACGCUCAACCGCCAGCGGGAGACGGACGCCCGUCAAAUCGAGAGCCGCCUGAUGGACAGCGUUCAUCAUCAACAUCAUCACGGUGCGGCGGCCGAGGCCGGCUCGAUCGACGUGGCUCGUUUCAGCCAUUUUCUCGAGAGCGCCCUGACUCGCACGAGGAUCGGCUAUCAUUCGUCUACGUCGUCCGUCUCGUCGAUUCACGCGGCGUCGGCCGCUGGAAACGUGGCCGCUAAUAAUUCUUCGUACUACACGACGACGUCGUCCAACACGUCAGCCGUCAAUGGCUCACCGUUCAACCACACUGGUGCGGAUGAAAUAGCCGACGGAGGUGCGGGCCGAGUGGUGUCCAUCUAUCAGAGCACGUGCCAUAAAGCGCUCAGCAAUUGCCAGUCGGACCUUCAAUGCCGCAAGCAUUUAGAGCCGUUCCUUCGCUAUUGCAAUGGCGCCGCAAGCGCAAGUGGCCUGGCCGCAAGCGCGGACACCUGCCAUCGAGACUUGUGCAUGCAGGCGCUCCAGGGAUUCUACAAAGACGCGCCGCUACAAUGGAGCCUAGAAGUGGCCUUCUGCGUUUGCAAGAAAACCCAAAGCAGGAACGACGAAUGUCUUGUGGCGCAAGAACGCCUCCAUCCCGACUGCGCUAGACGGCCGGAACGAUACCAUUCGCCUCCAGCCACUGGCCCUUCAUCGACUGGCAUGGGCAGCAUGGCGUCUUCCUCUCCGGCAAUGGGAAAUAAUGAAGCCAAUAACUCACCCCACCACACGCCCGCCUGUCAUCAUUUGGCCGAAGAAUGCAAAGCUCAUCCGGAUUGCAAGCCUCGAUUGGAGUUUUACGUCCAGGCUUGCGCUGUCGACGUCGUAACCAAAGGCUGCGCCGGGCCGCCGUCUAUAUGCCGACGGGCCGUGUUGGACAUCCUGGGCACGGAUCUGCGGACGACGUGCACCUGCCGGACGGCACAGCAGAUGGGCGACAUGGCCGCCAUGUACGAUUGCACCGAAUGGCAACGACUUCUCUGGCUCAAUCCUUGCGUUGUGGAAGCGCAGAGGGACUUUCACAAAAUUCAAGGGAACCUCAAGGUGGUGACGAUGCCGACCCCGACGACAGCGCCAAUAUCCAGCAACGGCAGCAGCUUUACGGUGGGCGGCCGUCAGACGUCCAGCGCCGAUGACGAUCCUCGUCAUCAUCUUUUCACUGUCGUCGUUCCGAGGAAAACGUAUCGCCCUCAAGAAACGAAUGCCAGCGACGGACGCGUUUCAGUGACGUCCGACUCGACGAGUACCAGCGUCACUUGGUCCACCACAUCGACGGCCACCAGAUUCACAACGGCCUCCGAUCCGUCCACCACCGACAUGAUUACGCGGCCCACCAUUCCAGCCAAAUAUUGCACGCUGGAACGGCCCAAUAAGCGUGUCGUUCACUUUGCAGAAGGCACGAGUAAACGAUUGUACCACGACGACGAUCCAGACUGUUCGGAAUUGUGCCGAUGCGGUGCCGGCCAAGUUGUGACCUGUUCGAUCGCCGAUUGCGCCCAACGGAAACCCUGCCAGACAUCGGCCGCAGUCUACGCUCACGCUGCCACGGCUUUUCAAGCCUAUAGAGGGGAAUGUCUCUGUUUCUCCGGUACUUUGGUCUGCGCCCGACCUGAUCCAGGUCAAUACUCGCUACCUUUGGGCGUCUUCCUGUUUAUCGGCUAUUCGCAAGCCGACGAGAAGGCCAUCUACCAGUUCACGCACGUCAAUGUGUCGAGGUCGUUACUGACGGGACUACACAGGCACAUGUACUUCACGCCACCCGAGCAGGCGGAGAACGAAUGCCGCAUGUCCAUCCACGAUCAGAUGGAGGAGAACCUAAUCUUUCAGAUCCGCUUGCCAAGUUUGGAUGAUCAGAGGGUCAACAAUUCCGUCACGCUCGAGAUGCUCACUCACGAGAAGGCACAGUGCUUACCGGUGGCCAACCGAUUGCGGCACAUGAUUAACAAGAGAUCGCCCGACAUCAGGGAGGACGAAGCCUUGUCUGUUAUCAAAGUGGCUGAUACGGCGUCCGUUCUGCCCGAACCUCGGCGAUCUUCGGCCGACCGUCAGUUGCAACAAUUAUGGACGAUUACGGCGGCACUUUGGUCGUCUUUUAUCGUAACUCAUCGAUAUUAUAGAUAGGAAAAAAAAAACUUUUUAUGAAAUUUGACCCUUUUACCAUUAGGAAUGAGUUUUAUUUAUUCAAUUGACAGCAUUUUUCGAGCUUUAUAUUUAUAAAUGAAAAAAAAAAAAGAAAGAAGAAGAAUGAAUUCGUUUUAUUUACAUUCUAGGAUAAUCUGCACUGACAGACCUCUCCCAGCAAUAGACACCAAUUUUGUGUGUGUGUGUGUGUGUGUGUGUGUGUGAACAGCUGUGUAUUUAAUUCCCUACGCCCAAUGACGUUUCAAUUUCGCACGCAGCAUUGCACGAAAAGCGGGGGGAAAAAAAGAGACGGAAGAAAAACAAAAUAACCAAAUCAUCCGCCAUCACGUCUGUGUUACCUUCUCCUUUUAAUAAGACCUCACCACACCCGAAUGUGUUCCUCAUUUCAAAAAGGGAAAAAAAAAACAACGGGAAACCGAAUGUCUUUUUUUUUUUUAUUCUGUGAGUGAUUUGAUAUUAAAAAAAAAAUGAUAAAAAAAAAGGUUUUUUGAAAAUGUAAUUAUAAAACAAAACAACAACUAAAAACAAAACCAACAAAAAGCAAUGCAUACAAAUGUAAUGAAAAAGAAAAAAAAACAAAAAACAAAUAAAAUUUCAAAAAGAAAUGAUAAAGAAAUUCCAAAUAACGUGGGUCGCCUGCUCUGCUGGAAACUGGCCAGCAGGAUCUGAUCCGGUUUUCCCACAGUUCUGACGAGCGUUAUAUAAAUACAUAUAUAUAUGCCCCGUGCUUUGGGAAGAGGAAAGAAACGUUGCUAUUGUUCUGCAAAAGGGGGACACUGUGUGCCUUUUUUUUUUUUUUUUUUUCUUUUUUGGUCUGUUAUAUUUCUUACCACAAUUUGUUCGUGUUUCUCUUUGCAUCCUCUAUUGUUACGUAUGUGACUGGUUGAACUGUUCAGGCUAGAAGUUUUGUUCUGAAAAAGGCAUUGGCCAUAGUGGAACAGCAUGCCGUUUGCAAUACGGCAAAACAUGGCCGAAAAUGGUACGUGCUACGUUUGAGUGAUUGGUUUUUUUUUAAUGUAUAUAUUUACGUAAAUUGUCUACAGUUUGUUACUAUU